GUCGGGCGUCUCAGUUGCCGCCGCCGCCGGGGCAGUCUCUAGGCGCUCCAUUGCACCGGUCUCGCGUUCCGGGACGCUUCACACCGCACCCUCAGUCUCCCCCUUCCCCGCCUCCCCUUCGGCCUCGACAACGUCGUGGUGACUGAUGACAUACGAUUCCUACGCACAUGGACGACCUCUAUCAAAAUGCAUGGAGUGAAACAACACAUGACACCGCCUCGACGUUCAAGAGCGAUCCGCGCCCAUCAUGGUCCUCCCCAUCUAAAAUCACUAGUCCAUUUGAUGAGGAGGCAGACCUAGCAGCGCCGUCCUGGUCCACCGGAGCUGAUAUCCGCUGGGACGAACCGUCUGGGAGCCCAGGCUUCUCAUGGUCGCAAUCCGACGCAGACGCAGGAUGGGGGCCGAGCACGUACGAAGGCAUCACGCUCAGGAAACCUCAACCAGAGGUUAUCCAAGAAGAAGUGCAGGUAGAGGACAAGGCAGAAGUCUUUGACGAACGUACAGAUGAGGCCCAGGAGGACCCUACGGAAACGGCUGCACAGGAAGUGAACGAUUACGUUCCCCUCGCCGCUUCACCAGUCGAGGGAGCUUCCAGUCUACCUUCGUCUCCGGUACAGCCCUCUGUUUCUUCUCCUACUCUGGAUGAUGCUCUGUCCAACGACUCUCCAAGUACCUCUUUCUCGCCAACUCUAACGACGCCAACCAUCCCUGCUCCUCGUACGGGGUCCGUUGUGAUCGAAACAUAUGACAUUGCCCCAGAAUUAGUGGCGCCUCCCAGCCCGGACGGUUUCGGAACCUUCGAAUCUGGUCUAGCAGACGACACACCUGAUUUCAUCGUAAGUGGCGCCGACGCCGACCCUUGGGGCGCGUCUGCUUGGGACGAUGCUGAACCGGAAGCAAAUGAGGAAGAACCCGUCGUGGACGAGUGGGAGCGAGCGAGACAGCAGAGGGCAAAGCAGGAUCGUCGUGUACCACCAGAGAUAUUAGCGAACAUCCUAGCUCAGACUGAAGAAUUGUCUCGCGAGAUCUGCCCUAAUCCCGAGGAAGAGCAGACGUCCGAGCAGGAUGCUUGGCGCAAUGAUAGACGCAGUGGGAUAGAAGGUGUACCGGGUCUGACUACCUUCUCAGACUCUUUCUUGCCCCCUCUCUCAUUGCAGCCGCUGGCACGGUUCGCGCAAACUCAACUGGCGAAAAAGGUGGCAUCUUCCGUGAAAUUGACGAAGAACCUGCCUAUCACACGAGGUAGUCCGAUGUCACAUUACCUUGCAGCCAAGGGCUCUACUGCAUGGGAAACCUCUGUCAAGGAGCGCAAAGAGGUGGUUGAGGAUGAUAUCCCGGUUGGUUGGCGGAUCGUCGAGAAGGCCCCUGCCGCGCCAGCCACCGAUACUACGAAGAAGACAGGAGGUCUCUUCUCCUUCUGGGGUCGCCGUCAGUCGCAGGUCGUCACGAAUGCAUCUGCAGCUACGGGCACCGACAGCGAACCUCGUCCUAACUCGACGGAGAAACCCAGGAGCCCGGUGACCAGCGAGGUCAAGUCGGAUUCCAGACGUCCCAGUCAGGACAGCGUGCGUUCGUCCAUGACUGGUAGCGUAACACGACUUCCUUCUCCUUCGAAGGAGCCCACGUCCGUGGAGACUGUUCCCAUCACCGCGAUGUCGUCUUACAGCACCGCCCCAGAUCCUGUAGCGGAGCGCUCUGAGACUCCUCCUGCUCCCUCUGCAGUCUCACGAUUUCUCACUCGCUUCUCACGACGGAGUGGUGGGGGUAGCCCCCGCAGCUCCCUCGCGUUGUCUUCUGAUGACUUGGAGUUCCUGUCGGAUAUCGUACCAAGCGCGAGAGACGAUACGGACGAGGAUGCUACGGACGCGUUGGAGAAGUUCGUCAACGCGAAGAGGGAUUCUGUAGUACCUGUCCUACCUCCACCACUAGCUCCUCCACCGAGAGCGCCACCCCCGCUGCGACCUAUCAGUGCCGCAAGCAAUCCGAUGAGCGCUGGAUCGAAGCUCAGCUCCCCUGCGAAUGCUAUGGGCAAUGAUUUCGACAUGCUUUUUGGCUCGAUGGAUUCCAUGGAUGCGAUAUCGCCCCCUCAUAACAUGAGCCCGUCUUCUCUUCCCUCGCUUGGCGCGCCGUUCAAAGGAGUGGGUUCAUCCACACCAGGAGCCGGACCGUCCAAACCUCCAGUCAUGCCUGCGCUCUCGUCGCAACCCUCCUCUCGCCCUCCUUCCCGCUUACAGACGUCGACACCGCCGUUGGAAGGCUUCUCGUUGCCCCCUCCGCCUUCAUUCACGCCUAUCGCUCCGUCAGUGGCCGCCAGGCCAAAACCCACACUAUCGUCACCAUUUCCUCUUCCUCCCCCUCCCGCUUCGUCACAGUUCGAUGCUGGGCCGACGUCUGCAUCCUCUACGUCGUCUCAGACGUCGUACCGGACAGCCGCUGAAGACUCGCCACCCUCCCCCACAUCUGCGCUGCCUCUGGGUGAACUAUACCCUCAUCUCAUGUCGUCCCCCAGCACACCCCAGCGCUCAGCGCAACCAUUUUUGGAAGGCAAGAAGCGGUCCAACUUGACAUCUAGCCCACUCGCCACGGAGACCCCGCUGGCCAGCACAUUCUCGAAGUCAGCGGCUCCUAUCCCGCUACUGCGGCCACCCUCACAGGCUCAGAAUGUGAAUUCUGCAGGUGCGAUGCCGGUGACAUCGAACCUCUUCGAAGACGACGACUUUUCCGACUUCCAGUCUCCAGUCGAGCAGCUCUCACACUCUCCCCCAAUCCCUCCUCCAAUAUCCAAGUCCCCACGCACGAUGUACGGGGCGCCACGGAACAUGUCUUCUAGGUCGCAAACCCUGCCUACCUUGGCCCCUUUUGCCUUACCCCCUUCCGCGUCUACCGUCGAGGUACCGGUUGCUCCUCUGAAGGACAACCUCGCGGGCUUCGAUGACGAUGACUUCUCGGACUUUCACUCGCCCCCGAUGUCCGACUCCACCUCACAGUCGACUUCAGACACAUUUCUGUUUGCAAACAGCGUAUCAGACAAGGCGUUACUUACCCCGAAGAGCAACCCGUCCAGCUUCAACGGGUUGGACUUCUUUGGCAACUCUCUUGCUACGCCCUCCCCACCACGCGUCCCUACGAAACCCGCACCACCUCUGCAGCCUCCUCCUUUGCACCCCCCAGCGAAAGCUGUUACUGCGCUGCAGCCACCUCCGCUGCACCCGCCGCCAUCCUCAUCGACCGCGAGGGCAGUACCACCUUUGCAGCCGCCGCCCCUCUUCCAACGCCCUCCAAGCCAGCCUCCAUCAGCAUCCUCGCCGGCUUCGGCCACCCCGAACACCCCAUCGGGAGGUGCGAGCUCCUCCCUCCUCGCCCGCAGAAGGUCGCAAGCAGCAGAGCACCUGCACACACUCAACCUGCUCGAGAGGGCCGCCGCCAAGCAAGGCCAGCGAUGGCCCGCCCCGCCCUCCCCGCUUCCCGCCAUCAUCCCCGGACCGAACGGGGCCCCUCCCAAGGGCCCGGCCGCCCUGUUCGACAUCAUGGACGACGAGGAACCACCCGCCGGCGCAGCGGCUGCACAGCCACUGGCACCGUCCGCGAGCUUCCCGCUGCCACCGACGCUGAACCCCACGCGGCCGUCGAGUGGCUUGGGCGCGAUCGGAGGGGCUGCGUCGCCGCCCCCAGCACUCGCCAGUCCCGCGCCCAUGAACACGGACCCCUCAACAUCGAGUGCGGGCACGCCCGCCGCGGAUCCGCUGUUCGAUGCCUGGGACUUCGGCAGGACGACCUCGCCGCAGAAUGGGAUUGGGAGCGCGUUUGGGUCUGGUGGUGCGGCAAAGCAGACGAACGGGACGGUUGGGGGCUUGUCUGCGCAGGAUCUGUCGUUCUUUGAGGGACUGUAGUCUAUCAGCUGUAGGAUUCCUUGGUUUCGCGCUGUCGGUUGCUGCUGUUAUGUAGGUUAUGAGCAUCUUGCGUACUCAUUCCUUCCAA